CUGACAACACAUACGCGUUAAAGAAGUUUCUGAUACAGACCAAGGAGCAGCUGCUGCUGGUGAAGGCCGAAAUCGACGUCGCAUCAAAACUCGAUCAUCCUAGCUUGCUCCCUUUAGUGGAACACGCUAUAGUGUCAUCCAAGCAGCAGCAGGGCACCAAGGAGGCAUAUCUCGUCUUCCCAGUCUACCGGGACGGUACCAUUCAAGACCAUGUCGGGUGGAUGGCUCAGCCCAAGGGGUCACAGCCCGGUAGAGGCCACCGCUUCUCACCGCUUCAAGUGCUCUCCAUUAUCAGCCAGGUUGCCUCCGGCCUUGCACACAUGCAUGCAUGCUUGCCCCCUCUAGCCCACAACGACGUCAAGCCAGGGAACAUUCUCAUAGCCUUUGGGGGAGGACACGGGGCCACAGGGGGGAUAGGUAAAGGUGGUUGGGAUGGUAUCUGCAUGACAGGUGUAGCAGAGAGAGAUGAUGCUUUUAUAACAGGUCUAGGCAGUAGUGGUGCUGGUGCUGGUUCUCCUGCCCCCGGUGGUAGUGGUGGCGGUGGUGCCUUUCCUGCAUUUCCCUCUGCUGCUGGUACUGCUACGGGAGGAGGAGAAGCGGGAGAAGCAGGAAAGGCUAGCACAGGUGGGCGGAACGGGGGGGUAGAAGCAGCAGGAGUAGUAGGAGGAGCAGCAGGAGGCGAGGGAGCAGGGGAGAGAGCAGGGGAGGGAGUGCCAUUGGAGCGGUUACCAACGGCAUCGGCAUCGGAUGUUGCGGUGGCGAUUAUGGACUUCGGCUCCACCACUCCUGCCAGGAGACACAUCACCUCUCGCAACCAGGCCCUGUCGUUGCAGGAAUGGGCGGCGCAGCACUGUUCAGCAGCGUACCGAGCACCAGAGUUUUGGGACUGCCCGAGUGAGAUGGAUAUUGAUGAGAGGAGUGACGUGUGGUCGCUGGGAUGCACCCUCUAUGCCACCAUGUAUGGGCAGUCCCCUUUCGAGUUCUCCCUAGGCGAAUCAGGAGGCAGCCUGCAGCUCGCAGUUAUGAGCGGCACCAUCAAAUGGCCACAUCCACCCCUCCCCGCCUCCUCCUCCUCUCCCUCCCCUGCUCUAAUGGACGCUCCUGGUUCGUCUGGAGGUGACUUUUCUGGUUUCUCUGCUGCGGGAGGAGCAGGAGGGGAGGUGGUGGGGUACCCCGCGUCGUUCCAUAGGCUGGUGGAGUGGAUGCUUCAGCAGGAUGUGAAGCAACGGCCGACGGCCGCACAGGUGGUGGAGAAAAUUGAGCAUAUGAUUGCUACACUACCACCUUCGCUUCAAUGA